AGCAUAUGCUUCAUAAUAUUUCAAAUAAAUGUAUACAAAUACGUUUCCAUGCAGAAACGUAUGGGCGCUGUCCCCUUAAGGGUCACGUUGUCAGCGUCAUGACGUCACAGCGUCGUAACCUAGGAGAAGUUCUGUUUACUUCCGGGUUGUCCUGCUCGAAAACAAGAGGGGCAACAGCACGACACGAAACAGCGCAAAGCGGAUUAAAGUCCUGCAGACAUGGCGGGGGAGUCCGAGGACGAGAUACCCGAAUCAGGAGCAGUUUUCACCUUUGGAAAAAGCAAAUUUGCCGAAAACGUACCCAGUAAAUUCUGGCUGAAAAAUGACGUCCCCUUAAAGAUAGCGUGCGGAGACGAGCACACCGCCUUAAUAACAGGAAACGGGAAACUCUUCAUGUUUGGAAGCAACAACUGGGGGCAGCUGGGUCUGGGGUCCAAGCUGACCGCGAGCAAGCCCACCUGUGUCAAAGCUCUUAAAUGUGAAAAGGUCCAGCUGGUGGCCUGUGGGAGAAACCACACCCUCAUCUUCACAGCUCGGGGCAAAGCGUUCGCCUCGGGGGGGAACAGCGAGGGUCAGCUGGGGCUCGGCGACUGCGAGGAGAGGACGUCCUUCCAGAGGAUCGGCUUCCUGGAUUCACACGGACCAAUCAAAAUGCUCGCUGCCGGCUCCAACACCUCCGCUGCUCUCACAGAGAGCGGUAAACUGUUCAUGUGGGGCGACAACACGGAGGGGCAGAUCGGUUUGGGGAAGGAGAGCCACGCCUCGUCGCCUCAGGAAGUCAGCGUGGGACGGCCGAUCAGCUGGGUGUCCUGUGGAUACUACCACUCCGCCUUGGUCACAGCUGACGGCGCUCUGUACACCUUUGGCGAGCGGGACAGCGGUAAACUGGGCCUGAGCACGGAGCAGCUGGCCCGGCACCGCGUCCCCCAGCCGGUGAAGAGCCUGAAGGAGCCGGUGAGCCAGGUGGCCUGUGGAGGAGGACACACGGUGGCCCUCACAGAGGACGCCGUCUUCACCUUCGGUCUGGGUCAGUUCGGACAACUCGGUCACGGGACGUUCGACUUCGAGGCUCGAGUGCCGCGGCCCGUCCGCCACUUCAAGAAGGGGCGCGUCCGUCAUGUGACCUGCGGAGAAAACCACACCGCCGUCGUCACAGACGGCGGCCUGCUCUACACCUUCGGAGACGGUCGACACGGGAAACUGGGCCUGGGAGAAGAGAACUUCACCAACCAGUUCAAACCCACCCUGAGUCCACGCUUCCUCCAGUACAACGUUCAGGCAGCUUCGUGCGGCGGCUGCCACAUGGUGGUUCUGGCCCGGCCGAGGGACGAGAGCCGGGCUCACGUGACUCUGGAGGAGGACGACGUGACGGAGGACUACCUGGAGAAGCCGUACGUGGAGCUGCUGGGGGACACGGCCGACUGCUCCACCCUGCAGAGGAGCCUCUCGGCUCGGGUCCGCCGGAGGGAGAGGGAGAGAUCCCCGGAGCAGUUCGCCACGGCGCCCGGCCACCUCCACCCGCUGCCCCUCUCCAGCCAGAGCUUCCCGCCCAGGCUGCCUCCACCUGAGCUGAGCCACAGAAAGGGCGUUUUUUCCAAGCGGGCGCGAUGGGGUUUAAUCGGGACGUCCUGUAUUGCAGAGCAGACAGCGGGCGACGCAGACAGCGUGGUGGAGAGCCUGACGGACAGCGACAGCGUGACGGGCCUGGGAGAAACCUCCGACUUCCUGAACAUGACACACGUGAUGAAGAUGGACCCUGCUGAUCAAUCGCUCACUUUGUCUCCAGUUCAGAAGAGGAAGCGUAAGCCCCCUAAGGCCUCCAAAGGGAACCCAAAAGAGGAGAGGAAGCUCUGGGUGCAGAGCAGCUUGUCCCCUGGUGGGGCUCUGAACCCCCCUCGACGCAGAACCACCAAUCGGAACAAAGAGAACGUGAUGGAGCAGCUGCAGAGGAAGCCCAGCAGGGACAAGCCCAGCGCCGGGGACAUCAGGGGGACGGCCUCCAGGGGGACGGCCUCCAGGAGGACGGCCUCCAGGCGGCGGCUCCGGCCGGCUGAGGGGAGGGGCCAGCUGACGGAGGUCAGCAGGAGGCUGGGAGCCGACUCCCUGGACUCUGAACCCGUCCGAGUCCAAAGCACAGCCAUCGCGGUGCAGAGUCGGCACACGGGGAGCCCGGCAGGCCGACAUCUGGAGGGAGAGAGCUCGGGAGGCCCUCUGCGCCUCCCUGAGGGGGGAGACGAAUCGCAGCUUCCCGAGAGCAGCGACCUUCUGAAGAGGUCUAAGAGCGAGGAAAACAAAAAAAAGGCCAAGACGGCAAAGCUCGGCCUGCUCGCCGGAGCCGCCGCUCUCGCCGCGGGGGGGGCGCUGAUGAUGCACCAGGCGGCAUCCAGAAGCUCUGCGCCGCCAUCUGAGAGCAGGCGGAGCCUCCUGGAGGAGAACGAAGAGGCCAAAUCCUACCGCGGCGAUUUAAGCUCUGCACUGGCGGAGAAGGACGAGGAGGAGGACGAGGAGGACGACGAGGGAGGGAAGAGGACAGGGGCAGAAGUCAGUGAGGAGGAGGACGAGGAGGACGAGGAGGAGGAAGAGGAGGAAGAAAAAGAAGUCACUCACUUUAUUAAGGAAUUUACAGAAGAAGAAGAAGAAGAAGAAGACAGCAACACUCUUCAAGCUGAGGAUGAGUCCGACAUUGAGAAAGAGAAGAGCAGAGAUGAGGAGGAAGCAGAGGAGGAAGAGGAGAGCAGUGUGUUGGAGGAGGAGGCAGAGGAGGAAGAGGAGGGCAGUGUGUUGGAGGAGGAGGCAGAGGAGGAAGAGGAGGCUACCUCCACAGCAGGAAGUAAAAGUGAAGAUGAGACGGAAUCAAAGGAGAGCAAUUUAGGGGAUGCAGAAGGAGAGGAAGAGGAGGAAGGAAGUGAAGAAGAGUCGAGUCAUGACACAGAGAGCGAAGGAGGAGAGUCUGAAGGUGAGGAAGAGGAAGAUGAAAGUGAGUCCUCCAAGUCAUCACAGGAGGAAGAAGAGAGUGAGACAGAGGGAGGAGAAGAGGAGGAGGAAAGUAGUGCUGAGGAUGAAGAGGAAGAGACAGAGAGUAGUGAGGAAGAAGAGGGUGAAAAUGAAGAAGAGGAGGAAGAGGAGAGUGAAGAUGAAAAGCAGCAGGAGGAGGAGGAGGAGGAAGAGGAGGAGGAGGAAGAGGAGAGUGAAGGUGAAAAGGAGGAGGAAGAGGAGAGUGAAGGUGAGGAGGAGGCGGGAGAGGAGGAGGAAGAUGAAAAGGAGGAAGAGGAAGAGAGUGCUGAGGACGAGGCAGAAGAGGAAAAAGAGAGUGAGGAAGAAGAGGUUGAUAGUGGUGAGGAGGAGGAGGAAGGUGAAGAAGAAGAGGAGGAAGUUGUGGAAGAGAAAAGGUCUUCUGAGGUGAAAAGUGUAAAGUCUGGAAGUAGGCGGCGGUCAGGGGUCAAAGGUCAGGCAGCAGACGAGUCGGAGGAGUUCUGGGACGACGUUCUGCCUCAGUACCUCCAGCUGAAAUAACCAGCAUCACAUCUGCUUCCCCAUGAAGACUCAGCAGGUCCCUGAACUCAUCGCUCACGGUGCCUUCACUGACUGCUCUGAUUAUAACGUUUACAUUUUUAAUCAUUUCAUUUUCUCUUUUUAUUCAUUUAUUUGUUGGAAUAAAAAAUCGGUUUUAUUGUAUUUCUUUUGUUUCUGUCUGUUGGAUUUUUAACCACCAAAUGUUUAAAAUAAAAACCAAACUUUAUUCAUUUUCAGAUCAGAACCAACUAUCCACAGAGUUCUGAUUGCUUUUAUUUUCUAGUAUUCAUUUCAUUUAUAUUUCUUUGUGUUUAAUUUGAUAGUUUUCUUCAAACUGAGGUGUUUGAUAACUUGCACUGUUUCCUGCUGAAUGACUUCCUGUCUGGAGUUUUCCAGAUGUUGAGAUGUUUCGGAUCAGGUGGGGCUCUUUGUGUUCAUAAUCCCUCCCGUAGUCGCGUCCCAGCAUGCACUGCUGUAGUCUGGAGGAACUACCAAACCAUCCCAGUAGGACCAAGACGUCCUUCCUUCCUCUUUAGUCGUUUGACCGUACACAAACUAUCUUGUCUUAAAUGAAAGAUCUGAUUAUGAAAUCUUUGAUUGACACGUUUCAUCAGGAUGCGACUAAAGGAUCUCCGACGUGGAGCAAAGGUCGAGAGGACGGAGAGGAGGAGGAACAGGAGGGAGAGGACACGGAUACAUCGGCUGAGCAGAGUGUAGACGAGCCGACGGAGGAGACUCCGAGUGCUGAGCCUGAAGAGCUGGAAGGAGACUCCCAAACUGAGGGCGAGCAGAAAGCAGCAGAAGUCAGCGAGCCGCCCGCCACCACACGGGACGAGGAGACGGACGCCGGCCCCAAACCGGCCAAUGGGACGGGGGACAUCAACUCCAAGAGCCAACGGGGCUCCAGCAAAAAGCUCUCUCUCUUCAGACGGCCCCCCAAACCCCAGGACCAGACCCCCGUCCAGCAGAGAGCGCUGCCCUCUGGAGCCAGGGGCCCUCGCUCCGGAGCCUGCAGCCUGCUGUGAACCCUGCAGAUAAACUCUUAUUUUGAAAAGACCAAAGUGUGAAACGGUUAAAGCGUCCCCUUUUUACACCAUCUCUGGAGAAGUUCUCCAACUGUCCUAAACAAGAAAGAAAAGCUGCACUGAUGAUAUUUUCUUUGACUUCCUGACGGUGUUCACUUCUUUAAAUCGACCACUUUACGUUCACAAGUGACCUUCAGCUGAGCCAGCUCCUCCCCAAGAACCCUUUAUUGAGCCUCUGUGUGUGUGUGUGUGUGUGUGUGUGUGAGAGAGGGAAUUCUAAACUGUGAGGAUUUAAAUAAUCAUAUUUAUAAUGACAUGGUCCUUGAGCACAUUUUCGCACUUUAGAUGUGAUCAGUUUUAUAUCAUGACAUAAUAAUUUCAUAUGAAAUCACCUUUAUAUUAAUGGAUUUUGCUAUAUCAGUAAAACCUUUUCACAUACAGCUGAA